CUUUCCUUGCAGCGUUUCAUUGUUGCCUGUCAUCUCUCUUCCUCUCGGUCAUCUACAUUUCCUCUGAUGAUCUCUUUGCUUUUUCCUUAAUAUUGACGUUCUUUGAUGUCCGCGAUCUCGCUUGACUGGACUUCAUUCCGCUUCCUCCCUCCUCGUCCCCUCUCCUGUCGUGGAUCCCGCAUCCCCGCCCCCGGUGUUCUCUGACGCUGUACGCCUAGGUGCCCUGCACUUUCACCACGCAGGGUAAUGUGCUAGGGUACUUUUUCACCCUGGUCGUUGGAGAAUGUCCUUGGAUGCAGCGUCUCUGCCAUCCCCGCCGGACUUUACGCCGUGGGAGAACUCCAACCGUCCCGUUCCCCGCGGUAGCAUGCCUCCCAGUGGAGGGGCCAGUCCUAAUGGCAACCAUGCGCCCCCCGCUGGCGCACAGCCACCCAUAUUCCCCAAUAUCAAGGAUCUACAGGAUCAGGCGGCGGCCUUGGACGUCAAUGAGAAGACUUCGAUAAGCGACUUGCUAAGAAAGGCCCGGGAGGCUAUCGAUCAAGCGAGGACCCUUGUGGAUUUCGAUCAACUCGACAAAGCGUACGUUCACUACCUUCGAGCGUCCGAGAUCACCGUCAACCUCAUCCCUCGUCAUCCCGACUACCGAGUAGCUGUGAACCAACGCCCAGGCUGGUAUAAAGAAUUCGCAAGUUUGAUGAUGGCUGUGCGGACCAAGCAAGGGACGAUGGACGACAUCAAGCAUCAAAUCAUGGAGGAUAACGUUCGAAGUAACGUUCCACCUACUGCUUCCCCGAAAAGACAGUCUGUAUUCCCCACAUUUGAGAUGCCAUCUGCCGGAACGGUUCAAAGCCAGUCUCUUCGAGGUCGCCAGGACCAAGUCGAUUCCAAUGGAUUUCGCCUGCCAAGCCCGUCGAAAUUCCAGCAAAUCUCCCAGGUACAGGCAAACCUGAAUCGGCAUUCAACUCCCGUAGAUGAUGUACUUGCCCAGCGAUUUGCCCGGCUGCGCGCGUCGCCUCCUGAAGGCUCCCAGAGCGCAACGACGAAUGGAACUAACUAUACAAGCGGGACGGACCCAAUGCCUUCGGCGGAGGGAUCUAAUGGCGAUUACCCGCCUCGCCCCCGGUCGUAUAUGCCCGAUGGAUCGCCACAGCCCUCCAUCCUCAGUUCUCCGCAAAGGCGGCCCUUGGGGCCCCGCACCAUGGGUACAUCCCAUGCUGCCCCUGCUUUACCGCCCAAGGUACCGCUAGUGACAACUUCACUCCCUCGUGCCCCAGACCCGGCUUACAGUCCGAUCUGGUCGGUGCCAUCCCAGCCCCAGUUGCAUCCUCCGAGGACCUCGACGGAAAGCUCGCGUCCAGUCAAUCCAAGAUACUCCCAGUUGUCUAACCCUAACUCUCCCCGCGGGAGUCCGAGUCGUGACGACAAUCCCUACAGAUCCUAUACACCGAACGGUAUCCACCAGGCCAAGGAGCUUCAAAGCAGCACUGCCGAUCUUCCUCUCACCCCCACGGUUAGCGCUCACGAUCUGCUCGACUAUCUUCGGAGAUACAAUGUCAUGUUGAUUGACGUGCGCCCUCGAGACCAGUUCGACCAUGGCCACGUUUAUGCAAAGUCGAUCAUUUGCAUCGAGCCGGUGGCCCUGAAAGAAAAUGUAUCUGCGGAAGAGCUUGAGGAACGUCUGGUGGUAUCACCUGAGCAUGAGCAAUCGCUGUUCGAGCGGCGCAAUGAGUUCGACCUGGUGGUGUACUAUGACCAAAGCACGUCGUCGAUCAGCUACCUCGCUGGGUCGCCCGUCGGAACCACCGCGCCUCAUCUCAGGGCGCUUCACGAUACGCUGUACGAAUUCAACGCGUACAAACCCUUGAAAGAUGGGCGGCCUCCGGCACUCCUUCUCGGCGGGCUAGACGCGUGGAUUGAUCUGCUCGGUCAACAAUCCCUUGCCACAUCGUCCACUGCAGCGGUGAUGGGUUCUCUACAGGUAAAGCGACCCGUCGCAAAACCUGGGCGACCAUUAGGGAGAGUGCCGACCAUGGUCAGCGCCAACUCCAGUUUAGAAGUGAGAAAACGGCGACUUCGGGAAUACCGGCCUCUAAAUCCGGAGGAACUUACAGCGUGGAUGGAACAGUCAAAGGUUGAAGAAAUCGACGCGAGCGCCUAUGCCGAAGAGGUACCAUUCACCGAAGAGCCGGAACAGGAGGAAGGAGACGAGGCCCAGGCGCCGGUGUCGCCCUUUGUCCAUACCUACGAGGACUUUCUGCGCCGUUUCCCUGAGCCACACACCAUCCAACAGUCCAUGGUGGUGCCGCACGUACGGCCAGCUGGAACAUCAGCCCCCAACUACGCGGCUUCGGCCCCUGUGGUCCCAUCUCGACCGCCGCCUGCGGUGCCGCGCCCCAGCUACAGUGGUGUCUCAGAAGGGCGUCAGAUCCAACCCACCCUGGAGCGCCAAAAUUCGGCCUCCAAAACUGCCCUCUACACCGCGAACAGCCUGCUGCACAGGAUCAAGCUUCCCCGGACCGGUCUGACGAACUUUGGCGUGACCUGUUACAUGAACUCCACCAUCCAAUGCUUGAGCGCAACGGUCAUGUUGAGCAAGUUCUUCCUUGACAAUCGGUUCCGGUACUACAUCCAAAAAAACUGGAAGGGCUCGCAAGGGGUCAUGCCAGGGCUCUUCGCGAACUUGGUGCGGUCAUUGUGGAAGAAUGACGUCGAGGUGAUCAAACCCACCUCGUUCCGCAACUUCGCCGGGAGACUCAAUCAAGAGUGGGCCAUCGACCGUCAGCAGGACGCCAAGGAGUUUUUUGAUUUCGUUGUGGACUGCUUGCAUGAAGACCUCAACAUCAAUUGGCAGAGAAACCCUCUGCGGCCGUUGACCUUUGAAGAGGAAAUGCAACGGGAGCGGAUGCCGGUUUCCAAAGUCUCGAAGAUCGAAUGGGAUCGGUACCGCCAUCGCGAAGAGUCGUUCAUCUCGUCGCUCUUCGCGGGUCAGCACGCCAGUCGACUCCGAUGCACCACUUGCAAGCGGACCUCCACGACCUACGAGGCCUUCUACAGUAUCAGCGUGGAGAUUCCACCGUCCGGUACGGGCGACAUUUACCAGUGCCUCCGCAGCUACUGCCAAGAAGAGAUGUUGAGCGGCGACGAAGUAUGGAAGUGCCCAUACUGCAAAUGCGAGCGAGUGGCAACGAAACAAAUCAUCAUCACCCGAGCGCCCCAGAUCUUGGUCGUCCACUUCAAGCGAUUUGCGGCGUCCAAGACUCACAGCGCACGCAAGAUCCACACGCCGAUUGAAUUCCCGUUGCACGGCCUACGGAUGGACGAUUUUGUUUUCACGACGCCCAACUCGUCAGCUCCGGACAAAACCGGGCCACAUGACCCGUUGUCGCCUGUAUCUCCCCCCUUCACGUACGAUGCCUACGGCGUGCUCCGCCACAUUGGGUCCUCCAUGGGCAGCGGCCACUACAUCUCGCUGGUCCGAGAUGCACAACGCCAGUGCUGGCGGAAAUUCGACGACGAGCGGUCAACAGAUUUCAACCCCCGCGACAUGCGAUACAAAGACCGUCUAACCAACGAACAAGCCUAUAUUGUCUUCUACGAGCGGGUUCCUGCGAAGUGAUGGUGAUCCCAAUUGCUGUGGAUCGACGUCGCACGACAACGUCGAGUUCCCCCAUCCUUUUUUCCAUUUCCUCCUGUUUACUUUUCAUUUAUUUUUCUUGCCUAACGAAAGUGACGGCAGAUAUGUGAUACACGACAAACGAAAUUUUGCAUGUAGCGAAUGCCCUCAUUGUCUUGGAUUGUGCUCUUAUAUCCUGUUCUUAGCUAUCUCCUGGCCAGCCGCAUGUUGAUUUUUGUAAACCAUUUGAGCGGGUCCGUUUGGUUUUUGCCUGUUUUGUACAUAGGUUUUUGGAUUGUUG